AUGCAGACGUGCGCCAGGGCCUGGGGGCUGCGUCUGGGCUGCGGAAUCGGGGGCAGCCGCCGCCUGGCUGGGGGCAAGGGACCGCUUUGGGUUCCGCGGGGCCGUGACAGCAGCAGCGGCGGGGACAGCAGCAGAGCUGGGGACUCGCGCCUCCUCGAGCGCCUCCUGCCCAGACACGACGACUUCGCUCGGAGGCACAUCGGCCCGGGGGACAAAGACCAGAGGGAGAUGCUACAGGCCCUGGGGCUAGCGAGUAUUGAUGAACUGAUUGAGAAGACGGUGCCUGCCAGCAUCCGCUUGAAAAGACCCUUGAAAAUGGAAGACCCUGUUUGUGAAAAUGAAAUCCUUACAACUCUGCAUGCCAUUUCCAGCAAAAACCAGAUCUGGAGAUCGUAUAUGGGCAUGGGCUAUUAUAACUGCUCUGUGCCACAGACGAUUUUGCGGAACUUACUGGAGAAUGCAGGAUGGAUCAGCCAAUAUACUCCAUACCAGCCAGAGGUGUCUCAGGGGAGACUGGAGAGUUUACUAAACUACCAGACCAUGGUGUGCGACAUCACAGGCAUGGACAUGGCCAACGCAUCCCUGCUGGAUGAGGCUACAGCAGCUGCUGAGGCGAUGCAGCUGUGCCACAGACACAAUAAGAGGAAGAAAUUUUUGGUUGACCCCCGUUGCCACCCACAGACAAUAGCUGUGGUCCAGACUCGAGCUAAAUACAAUGGAGUUCUCAUUGAGCUGAAAUUACCCCAUGAAAUGGACUUCAGUGGAAAAGAUGUUAGUGGAGUGCUGUUCCAGUACCCAGACACUGAGGGGAAGGUGGAAGAUUUCACAGAGCUCGUGGAGAGGGCCCAUCAGACGGGGAGCCUGGCCUGCUGUGCUACUGACCUUUUAGCUCUGUGUAUCUUGAGGCCACCUGGAGAAUUUGGUGUAGACAUUGCCCUAGGUAGCUCACAGAGAUUUGGAGUGCCACUGGGCUAUGGCGGACCACAUGCAGCCUUUUUUGCUGUCAGAGAAAGUUUGGUGAGGAUGAUGCCUGGGAGAAUGGUGGGGGUAACAAGAGAUGCCACUGGGAAAGAAGUGUAUCGUCUUGCUCUUCAAACCAGGGAACAACACAUCCGGAGAGACAAAGCUACUAGCAACAUUUGUACAGCUCAGGCUCUCUUGGCGAAUAUGGCUGCCAUGUUUGCAAUCUACCAUGGUUCUCAUGGGCUGAAGCAUAUUGCUAGGAGGGUACAUAAUGCCACUUUGAUUCUGUCUGAAGGUCUCAAGCGAGCUGGACAUCAACUCCAGCAUGAAUUGUUCUUUGACACUUUGAAGAUUCAGUGUGGCUGCUCAGUGAAGGAGGUUUUGGACAGGGCCACUCAGCGGCAAAUCAAUUUUCGGCUCUUUGAGGAUGGCAUGCUUGGUAUUUCUCUUGAUGAAACAGUGAGUGAAAAAGAUCUGGAUGACUUAUUGUGGAUCUUUGGCUGUGAGUCAUCUGCUGAGCUGGUUGCCGAAAGCAUGGGUGAGGAGCGGAGAGGUAUUCCAGGGACUGCCUUCAAGAGAACUAGCUCAUUCCUCACACAUCAAGUGUUUAACAGCUAUCACUCAGAAACAAACAUUGUCCGAUAUAUGAAGAAAUUGGAAAACAAAGAUAUUUCCCUUGUUCACAGCAUGAUUCCACUGGGGUCCUGCACCAUGAAGCUCAACAGCUCAUCUGAACUCGCACCUAUUACAUGGAAGGAGUUUGCAAAUAUCCACCCGUUUGUGCCUCUGGACCAAGCUCAAGGAUAUCAGCAACUUUUCCGAGAGCUUGAGAAGGACUUGUGUGAACUCACGGGCUAUGACCGAAUCUCUUUCCAGCCUAACAGCGGAGCCCAGGGGGAAUAUGCUGGGUUGGCCACUAUCCGAGCUUACCUCGAGGGGAAAGGAGAGGGACACAGGACAGUUUGCCUCAUUCCAAAAUCAGCACAUGGGACCAAUCCUGCUAGUGCCCACAUGGCAGGCAUGAAGAUUCAGCCUGUGGAGGUGGAUAAAUAUGGGAAUAUCGACACAGCUCACCUCAAGGCCAUGGUGGAUAAACACAAGGAGAACCUGGCAGCAAUCAUGAUUACAUACCCAUCCACCAAUGGGGUGUUUGAAGAGAACAUUGGUGAUGUGUGUGACCUGAUCCACCAACAUGGAGGACAGGUCUAUCUAGAUGGGGCAAAUAUGAAUGCACAGGUGGGAAUCUGUCGUCCUGGAGAUUUUGGGUCUGAUGUCUCACACCUAAAUCUUCACAAGACCUUCUGCAUUCCCCACGGAGGAGGUGGCCCUGGCAUGGGGCCCAUUGGCGUGAAGAAGCAUCUUGCUCCUUUUCUGCCCAAUCAUCCGAUCAUUUCAGUAAAGCCAUGUGAGGAUAACCGGCCUGUGGGUACUGUCAGCGCAGCCCCAUGGGGCUCCAGUUCCAUCCUGCCCAUAUCAUGGGCUUACAUUAAGAUGAUGGGAGGCAAAGGCCUUAAACAGGCCACAGAAAUUGCUAUAUUAAAUGCCAACUACAUGGCCAAGAGAUUAGAAAAACACUAUAGAGUCCUUUUCCGGGGUGCAAGAGGUUAUGUGGCUCAUGAAUUUAUUUUGGACACAAGACCUUUCAAAAAGUCUGCAAAUAUUGAGGCUGUGGAUGUGGCCAAGAGGCUUCAGGAUUAUGGAUUUCAUGCCCCUACCAUGUCCUGGCCGGUGGCAGGAACUCUCAUGGUUGAGCCCACUGAGUCAGAAGACAAGAAAGAGCUGGAUAGAUUCUGUGAUGCCAUGAUCAGCAUUCGGCAGGAGAUUGCUGACAUUGAGGAGGGCCGCAUUGACCCCAGGGUCAAUCCACUGAAGAUGUCUCCACAUUCCCUGACCUGCGUCACAUCCUCCCACUGGGAUCGGCCAUAUUCCAGAGAGGUGGCAGCAUUCCCACUUCCCUUUGUGAAACCAGAGAGCAAAUUCUGGCCAACCAUUGCCCGGAUUGAUGACAUCUAUGGAGAUCAGCACCUGGUUUGUACCUGUCCACCCAUGGAAGUUUAUGAGUCCCCAUUUUCUGAGGAGAAAAGGGCCUCUUCUUAG